AUGCCGAUCUUUGGGAAUAUUAUUGUUAUUAAACGGAAUGGGACGGAUGGAAUUAGUUUUCCACUCACUGCAAGUUCUUGUUUGUUUGGAAGGAGAAGCGAGUGUGAUAUUCGCAUCCAAUUGCCUCAGGUCUCCAAAGAACAUUGUAAAAUUGAAGUAAAUGAAAACAAGGAGGCAAUAUUGACGAACUUAAGUGCGGUAAAUCCUACGCAGCUGAAUGGUGGCUGUUUUCAGCAACCUGUACCCCUGAAGCACGGAGACGUGUUAACGAUUAUUGAUCGUUCUUUCAGAUUUGAAUAUCCUCUCCAAUCAACUCCAAGAAAGAGGCGUUCUAGAUCUCCAAAAAAUGAAACUCUGCAGUUUUCUCCCUUAAAGGAGAUAGUGUUAGUUUAUAAUGCUGAGUGUGAAGAAAAAACCGGCAAUGAAAAUAAACGAAAUGCAGAGGAAAAUAUUUUCAAAGCUGUAUCUGUCAAACUACAGACACCCAAAUCUUCGCACCGAAUGCAUCAAUCUCUUAGAAAGCAAGUUGAGAUGUCUCCCUUCAGUAAACUCUAUGAAAAACUGAAACAUGAGAUUCAAGUGAAAAAACCUCUGCAGGAGGGAAAUGUAUCUCAACGAGCUGCAAAAGAAGAUGGUAAGAGUGAGCCAGGUGCUCUGUUUUCAUCAUCAAGUUGUUUUUAUGAUCUGGGAAGCCUGACUAAAGAAAAAGAAAUGGGCAGAGGUGAAAAAAUGGAAAGAUGUAAAAUCACAAUAAGGGAAGAAGAAAUCCGCCAGAUCUCAGUUACAGGAAGUGCUACCAAGAGCUUUACCAGAAGUCCUCGGACUCCUGUUUCAAAGGAGAUGUCAAGAGAUAUCGGCAAAAGAAGUCACUUGCAAGAUUGCGAGCAUCCAAGUACAGCCGGCAGAUCUAAGGCUACCGAAGUUACACCCAAACCCAGGAAGGAGAAUGAUGGAAAUGCAGCCCUUCCACGGGAGCAGUGUUCGAUAGAACGCUUGGGUUACGCAGACAGAAUGCAAAGACACAGCUUGGCAGCACCUCUGGAUAAACUGCCACAAACAAGUAAUGCCACAAACGUUUCUGAAGUAGAUAAGUGCGAUCUGUCUACACCAAAGUCCAGAAGGAAGAGUCCUCGAUCUCGUUUCACAACACCUGUGGAAGAAACUAGUGGAAUGAAUGCAGUAAAUACCGAUACUCCAACACCUCGACGACGUCUGUCAUUGAAACGUAAGUCUCUUUCAGAAAUUGCGGUGGAAACUCAAAGGGAAGGUUCACUGUGCCAAAGUGACGGCCUCCAAGAGCUGCCUCUGGCAGAAAAAUGCGUAAAGCAAAGACAAAAUAGUAAAGAGCACACACCAGGAAAACCUGUCAAAGAAGUGCCGCAAGAAAUUUGUGAUCAGGCAAACUUUGUUAGCUCGGAAGAUGGAUAUUCUGAAACUCCUUCCUCUUCUUCUAAUUCCAAGAGUCCCAAAAGAAAUAACAGGCAAAGCGAAGAGUUAUCAAACAAAAGUGUCCGUUUGGAGACACUGGCUACAGCAGAGUUAACGUCUGAACUGGUGUCUCCGGCUGGUCAGAAACCUGGCUCUGGGAGAAAAAGGGGUAGGCCAAGGUCCUCUGGACUGCUCUCUGAGAAAGCUUUGGAGACAAGUGCCGGUCAAGAACAUCAUGAUAAAACCGCAGACAGACAAGAGAGUGAAGCUGAAGAAUUGCUGGGCACAAAGAGGUGUCACCAGGAGCAAGAUCUGGCAGAUGUUACAAGACUGCGUAGGUUGUCGUCAAAGAGAAGGUCCUCUGGAAGUGCUGCUGUACUGGAGGACAAUGAGGCUGUCUCAGAAAUGAAUAAUUCUGGCCUGUUGGCUGUAGACGAAUCAGGCAAGACGAAAAGGAUAUCUCAGAAGAGGAAAAGUGAUGAUUUGAUACUUCAGCCUUUAGGAAAAAGAAAGAGAGUGUCUUUUGGUGGUCAUCUGAGUCCAGAACUCUUUGAUAAAAGCUUACCUCCCAACUCGCCCCUUAAGAAAGGUGCAAUUCCUGCGAGACUGAGCUUACCCUUCGGGAACUCGCCACGUGCCGUUCUGAAAAAGACUCAGGGAUUGAAGCACUUUGCAGUCCAGAAUGAGAAAACAUCACCGAAAAAAUUAUUGGCCCAGAAGUCCCCUUCUGCCUCAUCCCCUGCCUCUGGCAAGGCAACACCUAAACUUCCUUUUGGCUCUCCAGCACCUUACACCAAAGGACGUUUCUCUGUUUCUCGCGUCCUGGCACCGUUACCAAUUGCAGAGGAGAUGGAUGCUGUUGCAGAAGACGUGAAUACAAAGGAGAAAAAUGGUGCCCAAGUGACAACACCAAAGUCUUCUCAUGUGAACCGAGAUGAUAAAACCUUUUCGACAGCUACACCUCACAAACCAACGAGAAGCGCUCAACUUGCUCAUAAGGUCACUCCCAUGAAGAGGAGAAGUGGGGCUGUAGCAGUUUUCAGUGCAAAAAGAAGAAGUGGUGCCUCUAGUGCCAACUUACUAGUUGCAAAAUCUUGGGCGGACGUGGUAAAAUUAGGCGUUGCAAGACCACAGUCAAAGACUGUUAAAAAAAGUGUUGGAAAAGGAAGAUCCUUGAAGAAAACAACCCAGUCCCCAAAGACUCCAGAAAGGAAAGUAAAAGGUCAUUUUAGUACAGGUCAUGCAGAGUCACCUGCUACAAUAGUUGUAGGUAGAGCUUAUUCCACCACAGUCAGAACGUCUGGACGAGUCCCAAAAGUGGUAAAAAAUCCUGUCUUGAAGCUAAACAUGAAUAUGGACGAAAGCUUCACAGGAGAGAUGAUGGUGUCACCAUUAAAUAAUUCAGAUGCUUCAGAACAGAGACAAGAUAGUCCAGGCAUUUGUCACUUUCUAAGAGAGGAGUCUCUGAAGUCUGUGUUCGAUGCAAUAGCCACAAAAACUCCUGAAAAAAGAAUAUUUAUACUGGAAGAAAAUAUUACUGUGAAUAGUUUGUCAAUUAUUCCAGAAAAACAAGUGUCUGGGGUGAAAUCAGGAAGGAAAAGGAGGGCUCCAAAGCAGAAGUUGGAGACAGCUGAGGACUUUUCAGGCAUCAAGCAGCUCAUGAAGACCCCGAAGCAGAAGUCAGAGCCUGUAGAAGACUUUUCGGGCAUCAAGCAACUCAUGAAGACUCCAAAGCAGAAGUUGGAGCCAAUUGAGGACUUGUCGGGCAUCAAGCAACUCAUGAAGACCCCGAAGCAGAAGUCAGAGCCUGUAGAAGACUUGUCAGGCAUCAAGCAGCUCAUGAAGACCCCGAAGCAGAAGUCGGAGCCUGUAGAAGACUUGUCGGGCAUCAAGCAGCUCAUGAAGACCCCGAAGCAGAAGUCGGAGCCUGUAGAAGACUUGUCGGGCAUCAAGCAGCUCAUGAAGACCCCAAAGCGGAAAUCAGAGCCUGUAGAGGCUUUGUCUGGCAUCAAGCAGGUAAUGAAGACCCCAAAGCAGAAAUCGGAGCCAGUUGAGGCUUUGUCAGGCAUCAAGCAGCUCAUGAAGACCCCGAAGCAGAAGUCAGAGCCAGUAGAGGACUUGUCAGGCAUCAAGCAGCUCAUGAAGACCCCGAAGCAGAAGUCAGAGCCUGUAGAAGACUUGUCAGGCAUCAAGCAGCUCAUGAAGACCCCGAAGCAGAAGUCGGAGCCUGUAGAAGACUUGUCGGGCAUCAAGCAGCUCAUGAAGACCCCGAAGCAGAAGUCGGAGCCUGUAGAAGACUUGUCGGGCAUCAAGCAGCUCAUGAAGACCCCAAAGCGGAAAUCAGAGCCUGUAGAGGCUUUGUCUGGCAUCAAGCAGGUAAUGAAGACCCCAAAGCAGAAAUCAGAGCCAGUUGAGGCUUUGUCAGGCAUCAAGCAGCUCAUGAGAACCCCAAAGCGGAAGUCAGAGCCUGUAGAAACCUUAUCAGGUAUCAAGCAGCUCCUGAGGACACCAGAGCAGAAGUCAGAGCCAGCUGAGGUUGUGUCAGACAUCAGGUGUCUCAUGAGAACCCCCCAGCGGAAGCCAGAGCCACUUGAGGUCCUGUCAGGCAUCAGGCGUCUCAUGAGAACCCCUCAGCAGAAGCCAGAGCCAGUUGAGGUCCUGUCAGGCAUCAAGCAGCUCCUGAGGACCCCGCAGCAGAAACGAGAACCAGUUGAGGUUCUUUCUGGCAUCAAGCAGCUCAUGCAGACCCCGCAGCGAGGGUUGAAACCUGUUACAGAUGAAAUUGCUGUUGAAAAAUUGCCGAAGACUCCAGCCCAAAAAAGGGAAGUGGCAAAAGAUGUGGUGGGUGUUACUUCAAUCAAGAAAACACCAAAGUUGAAAUCUCAACCAGUAGAAGACAUGAUCGGGGUCAGCCGUAUUUUCAAGACACCAAAGGAGAAAGUUGAACCCGUCGAGGAUAUGUUUGGUAUUAGUAGGUUGGUGAAGACCCCAAAAGAGAAGUGUCAACCCGUUGAUGAUUUUGUGGGUCUACAAAGGCUUAUGGCAGAGCCCAGGCAGAAACGUUCCGAUUCUGAAGUGGAUUAUGUUGGAAUUGCAGCAAUGUUUGGCACACCAGAGGAUAUUAAGGUAAAAUAUUUCUUUAGCUUUUGGAAGGAACGUAUUCGGGCUUUGAACCUGUGA